CGGAUCCAGGAAGUGAGCGGGGCUCAGCGCUGCGGGUCCUUAUCUCGGCAGUGCACUGGCAGCCCCUGCUCCGGCCUGGUGACGUCACGGCCCGCUUAGCUGGGCCUAAAGUAGCUUAAGCCGGGGAAGCAGCCCAAAGGAUAGGCUGGUGUGCAGCCGCCUCCCUGGCAUGGAGCAGUGCCAGCUCCGGGGCACCCCCAGCCACCUGGAAGUGGACAUGGGAGAUGAAUGAGCACAGCUGUUUUGCAGAAAAUGCCAGAACGGUCAGAAGACCACAACCACUGGUGGGCGUUCUGAGUCCCGUCCUGUCCCGUCCUAAUCCAGCAAGCAUCCGGAGAUGGCACAGAGCAGUCAUCAGUUUGACAUCCAGGUAUUAAAUGAUCUGCAGCAACGCUUCCCUGAGAUCCCACUUGACGUGGUAUCUCAUUGCAUGAUGCAGAACAAUGGCAAUAUUGAAGCUUGCCACAGAGUGCUGCGCCAAGAAAGCUGCAAGUACCUUUAUAUGGAGGGCCACAAUCCAGAGGACAGCAGAACCAACGGCAAUCUUUUGCACAUCAAUCUUGGCAUCCAUUCAGGCACUAAUUUCCAGGGAGGAGAUGGAACACAAGUAAAUGGACGUCCCCUGGUUCACAGUUCAAGUGACGGCCACAUUGACCCACAGCGUACUUCUGGCAAGUUUAUCUGUUUGGUUGAGCCCCAGUCGGCGCCAGCAAUUGUGGCACAGAAUUUCAACCCAUUUUUUUUGAAUGACCAGAGUCGAAACUCGCCGACUCCACCCCCACAGCCUCUUCAGCAGCAAGGUGUGAACGCCUCAGCUAUGCAAGCUUCGGUGCCAACAUAUAUGCACUUACCUCACUAUAGUCCAAAUCCAAUUACCGUAACAGUGUCGCAAAAUAUACCUUCUGCUCACAACGUGCCAAGAGCUUUACAAAUUGUUCCCCAAGUUCAAAGCAAUCCUUACGGGACUCCAAACUCCAUUUACAUAAGGCAGUCAUCACAAAAUUCUCCAGGCAGGCAAACCCCACAGAACUCCCCUUGGACGCAAUCUCCUCCAGUUCCUCUGCCUAGCUAUAGUCCUUGUCCUCUUCCUUUAUACUCGCAAGGUUAUCAACCUACACAAUAUUCUCCAAAGCAGACUCAGAUCCCACAGUCUGCUUUUUGUUCCCCUCCCACAUCUCAAUGCACAUCUCCUUACAGCUCUCCACAGCAUCACAGCCACCAGACUUCCCAUGUGUUUAUGCCACCUAGUCCAUCAACCGCUUCACCUCAUUCUUAUCAGCAAGCUCCACCUUCUUAUCCUAAACAAAGUAGCUUAUCCUAUCUUCCCUAUGGAUCUGGCAUGAAUAAGGCUCCUAUGAACAAGAUAGAAAUUACUGUGGAGUCACCGCAAAGACCAGGAACGGCGAUGAAUAGAAGUCCUUCACCAAUAAGUCAUCAGUCUUCCCAGAGGAGCCAACCGUCUGCAUAUGCCUCGAAUGCACGGCCAGGGUCUCCAUCAAGAGCGAUGCCUGGCCAGCCAAAGACUCCUUAUGGUGUUAACCCAUUGUAUAUUACAUACACACAACCACCUGCCACUUCUGGCUCUCCAACCCCUUCUCCUCGUGUCCUGAUGUCCCCAUCUAACCCAGCUUUUUUAAAAAUCACUGUUGCACGGGCUCCUACUGAAAAUCUUUUAAAUAUUGUGGACCAAGAGCAGCAUCCAGGGACUCCAGAACCUAUACAGCCCAUUUCUUUGAUGCCAAUUUCAGGUGUAGAAAAAGGUGUUCCCAAAUACCACAGAAGUUCAAGUUCUGGCUCAGAUGAUUACGCGUAUACACAAGCCUUAUUGCUACACCAGCGUGCAAGAAUGGAAAGACUUGCUAAGGAACUGAAACUUGAAAAACAGGGUCUGGAGAUGUUGAAGGCAGAAGUGAAUAGUAUGGAGCAUGAUCUGAUGCAAAGACGCCUGAGGAGAGUGAGCUGCACUACAUCGAUCCCAACUCCAGAAGAGAUGAACAGACUGAGGACCCUAAAUAGGCAGCUGCAGAUAAAUAUAGAUUGUACACUGAAAGAAAUCGACCUGCUUCAGUCAAGAGGCGUGGGGAAACUUGAUGCCAAGGCAAUGAGCAACUUCUAUGAUAACAUAGCUCCUGGUCCUGCUGUACCUUCCAACUCAAGUAAAAAAGAAUCUACUGAGUCUUCAUCCGGAGAACGGAAAGCUAGAAGAAUAAGUGUGACUUCAAAAUUAAAAGUUGAGCCACCUGAUAUUCCUAAUCCAAGUGCUGUGGACAUUGCUAAUCGAAACAGGCCCAGUCAGAGACCAGCAAGAGAUGAAGAUUUUGAAGGGUCUCCAUGGAACUGCAAUAGCUGUACUUUUCUCAAUCACCCGGCACUAAAUCGCUGUGAGCAGUGUGAGAUGCCUCGGUUCACCUGAGCUCUCCGCCUACUGCUUCACUUUUGCUUGAAGUUUUUUUUUUUUGUAAAGAUACUACUAUCUAGCAUGCACGAGAAAGUAAAGGGACCUUUCUCUAAUUUAAUCCACAAGCUGAGCCCAACUCCAGUGCUGCAGUUAGAGACACAUUGGUCACAAGUUAUGAGUGAGCAGGACUGUUUUGUUGGUGAUCCACCAAAACCCUCUCUGCAGUUUCGUGAAUGAUGGAGAUUUCAAAAUGCUGGUCAUUUGGUUUCUUCU